AUGCUUUUGAGCCCGUUCCGACCAUGCGAGGGUUCGCCAACCUUCCAAGAGGAAUAUCGGGGCAGCUACAUACCAAAGGUUAUCGAAACAGAAUUUGGCCCCCAGGUGGUGGCGCCAGAUACUCCAUACGUCGCAGCCGCAGGCCCAGACAAGUUACACUUCAUCGACACACGGUUCGAUACUGAGACUGCAAAGCGCAUGAAGGAACACAUCGAGAAGGCAACUGUGCCGGAGCCGAACGAGUACAUCGCCAUAGACGAGAUUUUGGCUACCGCGGAAGUGAAACCCCGUGUGGCUGGCGAAACGACAUUCGUGCUUGACCUCGCCCAUGCCAGGAUGUUGUUUGCAAAGGGGAUGAACAGGCACAACCCAGAGCUCAAACUGCCUGAGUUUGAGUCCGCCGGCGAUUGGUUGAUGACCUACGACCUGGACAAUAUACCUACGGACCAUUAUUCCAAUUGCCGAUAA